AUGAAGAACACAAAAUUUUUAUUUCUAUUUUUGGCAAUUCAACGUAUCGACGCUUGUUUUUGGGGAAGAAAUGAAGAAAUAUCUGAGAAAAACACCAAUUCUUCAAAAAUUUUCCCUUCAAAAAGUCCCCCGAGAAUAAAUACUCGACCAAAACCACCAUCAAAAAAGAAAAAGAAGCCGAAGAAAAAACAAGCUCCUCCCCUAAUUGACUAUGUUGGCGACAAACCGAAAUGGGAAAGUGUUCCACAAAAGGGAAAAGUUUGCACUGCCACCAGUACCGCAGCUGUUCCUUGCAAAGACCCGAUAAAAGUCGGGGCCAAGUGCGAUGAAAGAAUGAACUGGAGUAAUAAUGGAUACAUCCAAAGUAUCGUUCAUUGCAUCAAGAACCCAAAAGGAGGUGUCAUCAGGAAAGAAUUGCGGCAAGAAUGCAAUUAUGAUUCUGGAGUUCUAAAGUGCUGGCAACACUGGUCGACCACUGGCUGA